CGGGCAGUGGGACCGCACCGGGCAGUGGGACCGCACCGGGCAGCGGGACCGCACCGACCAGUGGAACCGCACCGACCAGUGGAACCGCACCGACCAGUGGAACCGCACCGGGCCGAGCCGCAGCACCGAAUCACCGCCAUGGCCCUGGCGCUGCCGCUGCUCGAGCCGCCGUGGCCGCCCAGCCUGGCCCCGCUGAAGGCCGUGGAUGACUUGCUGCGCUGUGGGAUUUGCUUCGACUACUUCAGCAUCGCCGUGAUCAUCCCGCAGUGCUCGCACAGCUAUUGUUCCCUUUGUAUCCGCAAGUUUUUGUCCUACAAAACGCAGUGCCCAACAUGCUGUGUGGCAGUCUCAGAAUCUGACCUGAAAAACAACCGGAUUUUAGAUGAACUAGUGAAGAGCUUUAAUUCUGCAAGACAGCAGCUGUUGCAGUUGGUGUUGGAUGCUCCCCCAGUUCCAUCCCCUCCGGCCCUUAGCCAGCGCCCGGCUGCCGAGAGCCAUGAGAGUCCUGUUUCUCAGCCAGAUUCUAAAGAGGUGCCAGGGAUUGUCAGCUUCUUAAGAAAGGACAAAGUCUGCUCCUCCACGAAGGCAGGUGGCCUGGCAUGGACUGGUCAGAAGGGUUUCAAAACCGAGGAACACCACGACUUUCACAGCACUUCUGCAGAGGCUGGUGGUAAAGACAACAAAGUGGGGUCACAAGAGAUUCCUGGGUGCACGAAAAAUCAUGAAAAGCCUUCUACAUCUGUGGUUAAAGAAGACAAGAAAGUGGAAUGUCCUGUUUGUGAGGUUGCUAUUCUAGAGCAAUAUAUAAACAAACAUCUGGAUAGCUGCUUGACCAGAGAGGAGAAGAAGGACAGCCUCCGAAGUUCUGCUCACAAAAGGAAGCUGAUGUCCAAGGUUGUUUAUAACCUGCUGUCGGAUCGAGAUCUGAGGAAGAAGCUCAAGGAACACGGUCUGUCUACCUCUGGCACCCGCCAGCAGCUCAUUAAGAGACACCAGGAGUUUGUGCACAUGUACAAUGCUCAGUGUGAUUCCCUAAAUCCCAAAUCAGUUGCGGAGGUUGUUAAAGAGCUGGAGAAGAAUGAGAAGGUUCGGGUUCAGCUAGAGUGUAACAAACCUGGGGAGAAUAGCUUGACCUUCACAAAGGACCAGACAGAGGAAGAAAUAGAUGAGAUUCAUACUGAGUAUCGAAACAAACACCGAAGUGAAUUCAAGUUCUUGGUGGAUCAAGUAAAUAAACGGUGGAAGAAAAUAGGUGUGAAGAAAACAGAAGGUGCUCCAAUCAAAGAGGAAGUCUCUGUCAAAGAGCUGCCAGCAGCUGCAGAGCCUGGGGAAGAGCAUCACACAGCCGUUGUCCCUGGAAAAGCCCAGGCACUCCAAGCAGAAAUUCCUGAUGGCCAAAGAAGUGACUCUCAUGGUUUGAAGGAAUGGCAGAGAUCAUCCUCUCCUGAGUUCUCGCUGUCCUCUGGCUCAAGCAGCAGCACCAAUUCGGACAUUCUGGCGGAGGUGGAAGGGUCUGAGACGUGUUCCGCAUCCUCUGAGAGCAGCAGCUCCGCGGCCGUGGCAGGGAGCAGGAGGAAGCUGCGUCGGCCGCGAAUCCCCGAGAGUGCUGGAGCGGUGCUCCAGGGCAAGCGGAAGAGGAGCUAGUGCUGCAGGAGUGCCCGAGCUGGGAAACACCUCCUGGCUUUUUCCCCUUCUCUGAGUCCCUGGCUACUGAGUAAAAUGCUGUCUUUUCACAUCAUUGCCACUCCAGCUGCCUUAAUGACCAGGCUGCCGGGUUUGCCCACGGCCCCGUGGGCCACUGAUGCUUGAGGCUGGGCACAGAGUGCCAGAGCCCUGCGGGAGCCUGACCUGCCUCCUGUGCCUGAGCUCCCUUGCAGCACCGGGGUCUGUGUGCCGCCGCUGCUCCUGCUUGCGUCCUGUGGAAGCCUCUCCUGCCCUCCUGGAAGCAGCUGCAGGACAGUGUUUUGUUUGGGGAUGGUCCUGGUGCCCCAGUUCCCUGGCACAGCCGGGGACUGAGGAACGCGGGGAGAUUCUGUCCUACAUUAACAGGCUUUUUUAUAUAUGUCUGUGUAAACUUAGUUUUAUGUAUCGUUAUUUCACUUUGAAGUCCUCAAAAUGGAAAGAAGUUGGAAGGUUGUUGGACACGCAGUAUUCUGGCUUUCAAGCAAAUAGUUACGUGGAAAAGUCUGAUCUUCCUUAGGAGGUGGUGGAAUUUUGUGACACAAUAAAGCAGUGCAAGAAAAUGAAGGAAAUGCAAGGAACCUGAACAUUAGGGAAGGUUUUGAAAAAUAAAGCUUGUAAGCAAAACAUGAAAAAUAAUUCAGGUGCUUUUGCUGAGCCCUGAAGUUUUGGUCAGAGCCUGUCAGUGGGAACUUGGCAAAGAAGGCACAAAAUCUGAGUAAGAUUGAGGGUUGUUAUGUCUUGGCUUCAGACUGUAGCUGGGAUUCAGAAAUAAUCCUCCUCAAGCCAUGGUUCCCAGGAAUAUUUGUGUUUGGAGCAGGCUGAGUCGUGGCAGAUAUAAACUAUCGUAAGCAUGAGGUGGAGAGAUGCAGAGGCAAAGCAGGAAUCUGGUUGUGUUGAUUUGUUCCUUUUUUUACUAAACCAAACCUUUUGAAAGAAUCAUUGAUGUCUGCUUUAGGGCUGCCCUUUUGUCACAGCAGCUCACAUCAGGCACUGGAGUUGGUUGCAGUUGGCCAGUGAAUGGUAAUAAUGUAAAUUGGUAUCAUAAAGGGCUUUCUUUGUGAAGCAGCUGCUGUUGUGAGGGAGGGCACUGGUGUGGGGACACCACGGCUGCUGUGGCUGCAGGUACUGACAUUUGCAUUGGGAAUGAGCUGAAGAGCCACGCUGCCACGGGAGCUGUGGAAUUCCAUGGGGCAGGAGAAGGGACGGAGCAGCUGACACAUUAAAUACGGGCAUGAAUUAGACUGGUUUGCUGACAAUGUGUCAAGAUGAAUUUUUUUAUAUCACUUACUGUUGUCAUCACCAUUUAAAGUCCCAGCUGGUGACCUUUUCCUGAGAUGGAGUUUUUUCCCUCCUCUGGUACGGGGCUGUGGGUUGGUGCCAGAGGAGGGCGGUGGCGUUUGUGGAAUUGACAAAUGUGAGUGGGCUCAGACACAGGCGAGGUGCAGGGGGGGAAUGCAGGGAGCAGACAUGCUGGGCAAUAUGGAGGCUUAGGGAAAACGUGGAUUUGAUGGUCUGAUGCCUCAUUCCCACCCUGAUGGAGUGGGUACUUGGGCAGGAUCCAGGCUCUCCUGCUAGCCCCAGGGCCAGCUCCAGCCCCAGGAGAGUGCCAGGGUGCUGCCAGCUCCAGCCUUUGCCAGGAGUGGCUGCUGAUCCCCCGGGUGCCAUAAAUAAUGCUUGCUGCACAUCUCACCGACCCAAGAUUCACAGGAACCGCAUAACAUAAGGGAAAAAACAACAGAGAAGGAAACACAGUGUCCUCCCCACACUGUGCUGUCCCCUGCUCCCCUGGGCAGCUCUGCUCCUCCGUCACUGAGUCAAGGGGCAAGCGGGAGCGGCCAGGCUGGGGGCACAGGUCAGGGCCAGGGGAGCAGAGGCAGCGCUGACAGUGGUGGGGCACAGGGUCCUGCUGGGGCUGAGCAUGGCCCCAUCGAGGGGGAAAACCCCACCGCUGUGUUCUUUGGGUCAGUAACCAGAAAGUUACUGCAUCCCCCCUUUCACUGGGUCGAUUGGGACCCGUGUUUGGCACGACACCCGCUGGUUUGGCAGUGCAGGGCUGUGGGUGCCAGGGACCCUCUGUCUCACCCUGCGGCCCGAGAUGGGGGCCUGGGGACCCUCCAUCCCACCCUGCUGUGGGUCCAGCCUCUCUGCAGCAAUUCCCAGAGUGGAUCCAAGGCAGAUUCCCGAUGGCUGCGGCUCCCUGGAGAAUGGGGAGCAGGGCAGAAGCUCCCAGGAGGACUGAUACUGCAGCCAGGGUGGUGCUGGGCUGGCACUGGAAAGCUUUGGGAAGGGCUGCUUUGGGCAGGGAGUCCAUUCAGGAGGAAAUUAAUUUAGUCAUGGAGCAGUCCCUCAGGCCAGGACAGAAGGGCCAAAGUGGAAACAAAAUAAUCAAAAAGUACAGAUGUCCUGUUCCCCCAGCCCGGCAGCGGAGCCGUGAGAAAGGCAGCGAUCCUGGGAAUGGGGGAGAAGCAGGAGCAGAGUCACCCUGCUGGACACGGGCCUCCCCUGCUGGCUCCCACCACAUGUACCUCUGAAAUGGGCAGCUGGGGCUUCACCAGGAGUUUGGGCUGAGGGGACGCACCUGGUUUUGUUGGGCUUUGCAGAUAUUUGGGAGUUUAUUGGAUUGUUUUUGGCAGGCAGGAAUGCUUUGAAGGCAGAGGGGAUUUGCCCAGGCUGUGAUAGCUGUUGGUGCCUGCUCAGAGCAGGUGCUGCUCUGUUUGCAGCCUUUCCCUCCUGGUACUGGGGGAACUGUCACACGGUGAGCUGUCACUGCCACUGCUCUGCCUGGGCUGGAGAGGUUCCCUGGCAGCCGGGAGCGGGCAGUGCCAGCUCUGGACACGGCGUGGGCUCAGCACCCCUGGGAUGGACCUGCGGCCGCUGGGGACAUGCAGGUGUCAGGGACCCUCAAGGCCACGUCUCCAAGGGUGCUGUGUUUGCUGGCAGGAGUUAACAAUAAAAAAUCUUUUGGUUGAAGGUUGGUCUGUUUUGGUAGAGAGCAGAUAUUGUGGAAUUGGAUCACCUCACACAAACAGAAGAAUUGAAGAUGAAUCACAGUUACCUGCUGGGCAAGCCCAACACAAGCUCUGCUGCCCAGAGAAAAGAAUAAUUGUGGUUCUGUCCCACCUGGCAUCGCAGGAGCCAGAGAGCCUGAAUUCAAAAUGAUUGGACAAAUUGGUGAGUUGGGUCUAAAACAGCCACCUGGAAUUAAAUAAAGAAGAGGAUGAAUUACCAGCUUCAGGGAGGAGAAGGUAAACACAUUACUGCAAAUGGGAAGUAAUUAGUGAGGCAGAAAAGUUUGUAUUAAUGUAGCUGGGCUUCAUUUUCGUAGUGAAAGCUCACUGCUCUGGUUAAUUAUUUGGCCCCACAGAGGCAUUCCUGGAGCCUGGGCUGGGGGUUUCAUUGCACGUACUCUGUGGGAGAGAAAUGGGGGCUGUGUGAAAACACCCUCAGCUCUGUGGGCAUUCCCAAACACACCUCCUUAGAUACUCAAAUACUGAAUUAUCGUGCAGCCUCCUUCAUAUCACUUGGCUAAGAUUUUGUGAUGAACACCAAAUGUGAUUCACUUCCCUUUAUAUACAUGUGCAAAUAGCUGUAGAAUUUGCAUAUGGGUAUAUAUUAAAACUUGGUUUUGAUAUGGCUCUUCCAUCUUUACUUAACAAAAUCUCAGCGAGAUCUUGCUAUUUAUAUUCUGUUGAAAUAGAAAAGUGCCUCCCUUUAGUGGGCAGAAGCAUCAGUGUGUGUGCAGGGGUUGCAGGCAGUGCUGUGCCUGGCAUUAACUGCUGAUCCGCACCUCUGACUCUGGAAAGGUUUAGUUGAUAUCCCAGGUGCCAGGAGGUGAUGCUCAGUGUGUCACUCGGCUGUGCGGGUCCCAUAACACCUGUCACUGCUGCAGGUGUGAAUCCCAGUGCCACAGGUACGGCCCCAGGGCUCUGGGUCUCUGCUCUGCUUUUCAUUCCUUAUUGAUGGUGAUGGGUUCAGGGCACUGCCAUGAACAGCUUGAAGUUACACACAAAUGUAGUGAUCCCCCCCAAAAGUGGCUGAAUUAUUGUAUCAUCUCCCAACAGCUUGAACCUGCAGCCUCUGUUAAAAACCCCAUGGAUACAUAUUUCCACUUUAUUAUCCCAGCUUGUUACUCCCAGGGUCUGGGCAGGCUCCAUUGGUUUUAUGGGCUUUGAGGCCAUAAUGGGAUGAAGCAAUGAACAUUUUAGCACAAACAGCGUCCUUGGGAGGCUGUACAGACCUGGCUCCUCGGGGAGGUGCCUGGGGAGAGCCUCUGUCACCUCUGCUGGGCUGGGAUGUGCAGGGCGGUGUGGCCUGUGUGCGAUGGGCAGGUGGGAGCGGGGCAAUUCCCUGCAGCAACCACAGACAUCCACCCUGGGAGCCUCACAGCCUGGGUGGGACUGCCUGCAUGAAGGAUCAGCCUGGAUGACAGGAUCAGCAGCAUCCAUGGCCUGCUCUAGGCUUAAACGGGUUUAAGCUCGUUGAUUUGAUCAGAGCCCUGCUGCUGUAUCCCAGGGCUCACCCCAGGGCAGGAGGUGACAUCCCAGAGUGCUCUGAGAUGUGUCUGCAGAGGCUCUGGGGUUUCAUGUGGAGUGCCAGUGAUGGUGGGGAUGGAAAUGUGUACUGGCUUAAUGCCAGGAAACUCAGGCUUUUUCCAGGAUUUAGCUCCCAAAGCUGGAUGAGCCUGACUCGGGCUCUAGUGCUGGUGUGGGCUGGAGGCCAUGGGAGCAGAGGCCGAUGGAUUUCAGUGAACUGGGGAUUCGAAGGAAAUGGUUUGAGUCCCGUAAACCUUUCAGGGACACGAUGUGAGAGGUUCUCUAACACUGAGUAAAUUUAGUGUGUUCCCAGAUAAACCAGGCGAAGAGAAAAGAAGAAAUUAUCUUGAUAUGUGCAUGAACUUGUGUAAAUUCUCUUUCUGCUGUGAAUGCUUUAUGGAACUCAAGACUGCAGUAUCCAAACUGAUCCUCCCUUCCCUGCCUGUCUGCGUACACAAGUCAGUUUCUCUGGCUCCUCUGCUCAUCUCUGUGGUUUGAGAUUUACCAAAGUUAGUUUCCUGCAGGCUGAGUGCAAGAGGUGAGGACUAGGGAAAAACUCCAGGAUAAAGAGGAAUUCCCGUGCAAGAGCAGCCAGGUACCAUAUCCUGGCUCUCCAGCCUGCAGUGCUUGCUGUGGGCUGCAGCCAUGCAUGACUUCAGGGGCGGCUGCAGCUCCAUCUGCAAAGCUGUGGCCUGGGCUUGACAUUUUGC